CGGCGGCGGCAACCGGCGUACACAGGGGUUACGCGUCCUGUGGAGAGAGCGAGAGUUCAGGCCAUGAACCUGGGAGAUGGUUUAAAGCUUGAAACUGAAUUAUUGGAUGGAAAAACCAAGUUAAUAUUGUCUCCAUAUGAAUGUAAAUCAAAAAAUUCUGUGAAGAUGGGAAAUAAGACCAAGAUUGUAAAAUGUCCUUUAAGAACAAAACAAACUGGAUACAUUCUAAAAUCAACACAAAAUACUUGUAUCAGGAGUGGAAAACUUUUGCAAAAGAAGAGAAUGGGUUCAGAAACUUCACUGGCAAAAGGUGAAAAAAAUAGUAUGACUUUUUCACCCACUAAGGAUUUAUGCAAGCAGUAUGUAGAUAAAGACUGUCUUUAUGUCCAGAAAGAGAUUUCACCUGCAACCCCCAAUAUACAGAAGACUAGAAACACCAUAAAUACAUCUGUAGUAGCUAAACAGAAACUUUGCAAAAAACACAUCACAGCUGAAAAUAUGAAGAGCAGUUUGGUGUGUCUAACACAAGACCAACUACAACAGAUUUUGAUGACUGUGAACCAAGGAAAUAAAUCCAUUUCCCUGAUUGAAAAUGGAAAGGAGGAAACAAGUCAGGGCAGUCUACGUUUAAACAGUAUUUCCAAUCAGCCAGAGGAUGAGAACGUUAUGGGAGUAUUCCAAAAAACUGAGGCUCUUUCAUCUGUCCUGGAUGAAAAUAAAUCUGUUUUAAAUAAAAAUCAAGAGACAUCUAAGCAGUAUGAGCAGAAAAUUGCCAUAGAGAAUGUAUGGAAACCAGCUGACAUAUUCAGUACUCUGGGGGAAAGAGAACGUGACAGAAGUUUGUUGGAAGCAAAAAAAGCCCAGUGGAAGAAAGAGCUUGAUGAACAGGUUGCUUUAAAGAAGAAAGAAAAAGAAGCUUCUGAAAAACGGAACGAUCUGUGGAAAAAAUUUGAAAGUGAUAAAAUAGUAUGGGAAAAAUUUCAAAUUCUUGACCAAUCUAAGGAAGCAGUACCACCGGAGCACCCUUUCAGUGCCAUGAAACAAGAACAGCAGAGGAAAUGGAUUGAAGAUUUGAACAGGCAAAUAGAAGAUGAUCGGCAAAGAAAAAUUGAGGAAAAAAUUACAUCUUCAAAGGGUGAGGAACAUGACAGAUGGGCAAUGCAUUUUGAUUCAUUAAAGAACUAUCCUGCUUCUCAGUCUCAACUGUCCUGUCGGUCAACACACAACCAACCAGAGUACUUCUGUGUCUCUCCGGACACUCAGGAACUGGCUGAUAUCAGCAGUGUUUAUACACCUACGACUGGAAGUCAGGUUGAACCUUCAGAGGAGGAGCAUAUAGCAAAACCUGUUAGAGAUAAGGCCAUGGCAAACAGUCAGAAAACAAACUUUCUCCGUUCUAUGACUGCUCUCUUGGAUCCAGCUCAGAUUGAAGAACGUGACAGGCGACGACAAAAACAGUUAGAACAUCAGAAAGCCAUCACUGCUCAGGUAGAAGAGAAACGCAGGAAGAAGCAGCUGGAAGAACAGCAAAGAAAGAAGGAAGAACAAGAAGAGGAGCGUCGCUUAGCACGGGAACGAGAAGAGAUGCAGAAACAGUAUGAAGAAGACAUACUUAAGCAAAAACAAAAGGAAGAAAUCAUGACUCUCAAGACAAAUGAGCUAUUCCAGACAAUGCAGAGAGCACAGGAGCUAGCACAGAGGCUGAAACAAGAACAGAGGAUCCGAGAAUUGGCUCAAAAGGGACAUGACACUUCUGGAUUGAUUAAAAAUCUUGGCGUGGAAUAUAAUGCAUCUACUAACAACAUUUCAAAUUUAGGACAUGGCUUGGAUGAUGUCAGUGGUAAAAAGAAUACAUGUAUCAGUUCUACAACCUCUCCCAAAAAGGAUACUGCUGUACAAACAGAUGACUUAAAUACAGGAACACUCACCAAUGCAGAAUCAUGCUGUGGAACAGUAAUAGAGAGGGAAAUUCUAAAUUGUUCAUCUCCUGAGAUUCCUGCAGAAUUUAAUGAACAGUUUAACACUAAGAAAGACAAAGAGGAACUUAUAAUAAAUCAGGUUAAAGGAGUCAACUUAGAAAAAGAAAACAGUUGGCAUAAUGAUCAGUGUAAUGAGUUUGCAAGGACAGAGAAAACACCUAUGAAGAAAUGUCCUAAAAGGCCUGAUUGGAAUAUAAAUAAGCCACUCAAAAGGUAUAUUCCAGCAUCAGAAAAGUACCCUAAACAGCUUCAAAAGCAGAGAGAAGAAAAAAAAGUAAGAAGGCAGAUGGAACUGCUUAAUUUGGUAGAAAGAAAUAAUCCUGGACAUCUCUCUCAAAAUAGAGGCACUUCACCAGUUCUUCCUUCAUCUCAAGAAACUGAGCCAAGGUUCAGGUGGCAUCUAAUCGAAAAGGAAGAAGAGCCUCUGAAAAUUAAUUCUUUCGGCAAGGAAAGGUCUCAGUCACCACCACCAGUUCCAGUGGUGAAAAACAGAACACAACAAACUCAGACACUAAAAAACAGUAAUUAUGAAAGAGAGAAUCUGAUCUUAGAAGAUAGUCAAACAGAAACAUCACCUGGUCUUUCUGAACCAUCUCAUUUUAUCCCCUAUGUCCGAACCAGUGAGAUUUAUUACCUUGAUCCAGAGGCACCUCUGUCUAGGCCUUUAACCCAGGAUCUUCAGUACCAAACUUCACAUGACUGUGACCAAGAACACCGGCAGCUAUUUGAUUCUGAUGUCAGGGACCCACUUCUUAAUCCUAACUUGGUGAAAAACAGGGAUCGACAGCAAGCAAUCCUUAAGGGACUAUCGGAACUGAGACAGGGCCUUCUCCAGAAGCAAAGGGAGUUGGAAACUAAUCUCAUGCCUUUAGCUGCAAAUCAAGAAGAGAAUUUUAAUUCUUCGUUUUAAAUGUAGAAUAUCAAAUCCUUCACAUUUGUUGCUUCUGAAUUAUAAAAUGUGUUCAUUGCAUAACUGUAUUUUCCAAAUAACCUGGAUUUAUUUUAAAAAUGCUUAUUUAAAACUUGUACAUUAUGUAGUACAACGCUGUGUAUAUAUGUUUUUUACAAUAAAACAGACAUUUUUGUAAAGGUUAGUAAAAAAACAUUUUCUGCUCUAUCACAAUCUAGGUAUUUAAACACUUUCUACUUACCUUAAGACAGGUUUCUGACCUGUUCACACACCACGUUCUUCUACACUUACAUAGCU